AUGGCGCAUAAUCGAGCGUUCCUUGUAGGCGUUGACGUAGGCACCGGCAGUGCACGAGCCGCUUUAGUUAGCGCCAAUGGUCAAGUGCUAGAAACAUGCGUAAAAUCCAUCCAGACCUGGAACAGCCAGCCGAAUUACUACGAGCAAUCGUCGGAGGAUAUUUGGACGGCUGUUUGCGAGUGCGUCAAGAAUGUCACCGCCAGAAUUCCUAAAGAGAAGAUUAAGGGCAUUGGCUUCGACGCCACCUGUUCGCUGGUGGUUUUGGACAAAGAUAUGCAGCCGUUAACGGUGAGUCCUUCGUCCAAGGAUAAUCAACGGAACAUUAUCCUCUGGAUGGACCACCGUGCGGAAGAGGAAGCACGUUUCAUCAACGCAACGCGACACAAGAUGCUUAACUACGUCGGGGGCACCAUAUCGCUCGAGAUGGAGAUACCGAAGCUGCUCUGGCUGAAGCGUCACAUGUACAAUGACGCGUGGAUUAAGGCGGGUGCAUUUUAUGACUUACCAGAUUACCUUACGUUUCGGGCGACUGGUUCCGAUGGACGGUCGAUUUGUUCCGCUGUCUGCAAGUGGAACUACGACGCCGAGAGUCGUUCCUGGUGUGAGGAUUUUCUGCAAUCGAUCGGUCUAGCCGAAGAGCUGAGCGGUAACAGUUGGAAGUUAAUCGGGUCUCGUGUGUUAAAUCCAGGAACGCCGAUUGAGGGCGGCCUUUCGGAAGUGGCUGCUCGUGAGCUGGGGUUGCGUGUAGGAACGGCCGUUGCCAGCUCGAUGAUUGAUGCGCAUGCUGGAGCACUAGCGCUGCUAGGAUGCCACGGUCCCGGAGACGAAAGCAAACUUACGACUAAAAUGGCCAUUAUCUGUGGAACAUCGUCGUGCCAUAUGAGCCUCACGGAAGAUCCAGUACUGGCCCCGGGAAUUUGGGGACCGUACAAGCAUGCCAUUAUUCCGGGGCUUUAUCUCAACGAAGCAGGGCAGAGCGCCACAGGAAUAUUAAUUGAUCACAUUCUCAAGACCCAUCCUUGCUAUGGCGAGCUGCUGACAGAGCAUGGUUCUAACGGUAAAAUAUAUGCCUAUCUCAACGAAUUCCUGCUCGAGCUGGCGAAAAAUCGUAGUGAAUCGUCUGUCCAUCGCCUGACGCUAGAUUUACACAUUUGGCCCGACUUCCACGGCAAUCGAUCUCCGUUGGCGGAUCCCAAUCUUAAGGGCAUGUUAUGCGGCCUAACGAUGACUAAGGACGUUCAAAAUUUGGCUCUGCUUUAUCUCGCACUAAUUCAAGCACUUGCGUAUGGCACGCGACAUAUACUGCAGGUAUUGGAAACAUCUGGCCGCAAACCAAUCACCUGUAUACUGCUUUGUGGUGGAUUGAGCAAAAACUCGCUAUUUGUACAAGCUCAUGCCGAUAUCUGUUCGGUCCCGGUGUUGCUUCCUACGGAAUCAGAAGCGGUUCUGUUAGGAUCCGCUAUAAUGGGAGCGCACGCCGCAGGAUUAUACGCAAGUUUAGAGUUGGCUUCAGCGAAUAUGGGCGGUAGUGCAACGAUCGUGAAACCGGACUUAAGUGAGAGCAAUCGUGAUUACCACGAACGGAAAUAUCGUGUAUUCCAGCGGAUGUACCUCGAUCAGCGAGGUUACGAGCGCAUAAUGAAAGGUUAAAUACAGCAUAUGUGGAUGCAAAUUCGAUGCGCACACUUUAUUUGCGAAUUCAUUCCUACCCUCUCUAAAAAUAUUCUUACCAUUACCGGUUAGGGAUUUCGCUCCGCUACUGUUAUAUGUGAGAUGGUGUGUAUCAGGCGAUAGCCUAAGUAAUAAAUGCAGCCGCUUUCGUUUCAAUGACUGCUCUGCAAACCGGACAAUUGUCGUUGAUUCUUUGUGCACAGU